AUGUCUAUCCCAAACCAGGCGCUGGAAAAGUUGAUCCGCGAAAUCGAGAGCCAGGCCAUUGUGGCCCAGCAGCAGAUUGGUCAGGCCCGCACGCAAAUGACGGCAAAGCAACGAGAAAUGCGAAUGGUGCGCCUGACCCUGGACGAGGUGGCGAGCCUUCCCACGAACUCGGGUGUCUACGAAGGUGUUGGUAAAAUGUUCGUUUCAAUACCCACGCCACAGCUGACACAGAAGCUGGAGGGCCAAAUCAAGGAGAAGGAGGGCGAGGUGGAGAAAUUGAGCCAGAAGUUGCAUUACUUGGAGACGACGUAUAAGAAUAGCCGACAACACAUUGACCAGAUGCUCAAGGCCCAGUCAUGA